CUUCAGGCGUCGGUGUGUGUGCAGGGAAUUCGAAAGAGUAGGAGACGAUCGUUAUUCUAAUUUAUAAAAGAAGCUAAAGGAAGAUUUAUUAAGAUGUCAGCAUUCUCUCGGCUGUUUACGAUGAACCUAGGAAACAACUAUCUCACGGCUGCUGGCCUUGCUGUGGCUGGUGUUGCUGGAUAUUAUAUGGCCCGUGAGAAGCACUUAGCAGAUAGUAGGCCUGUGCGCAGGUUAUACCCCCCAAGUGCCAACUUCCCUGAUCUUUCAAAGCACCACAAUUGCAUGGCAAAACACCUUAGCCCUGAAGUCUAUGCCAAAUUGUGUGAUAAAAGAACACCCAAUGGCUUUACACUAGAUGGUGUCAUACAGACAGGCAUUGAUAACCCAGGACAUCCAUUCAUUUACACCGUUGGUUGUGUUGCUGGUGAUGAAGAGACAUAUGAGGUGUUUGCAGACCUUCUAGACAAGGUGAUUGAUGACAGACAUGGAGGAUAUGGUCCAGACGCCAAGCAUCCAACUGACAUUGACUACAGAAAGAUUCGUGGCGGUCAGCUAGAUUCUAACUAUGUGCUGUCAGCUCGUGUGCGUACUGGUCGUAGCAUCCGUGGCCUCUCUCUGCCACCGGCAUGCGACCGCGCAGAGCGACGCGAAGUAGAGAGGGUUGUAUCCGAUGCCCUUAAUGGCCUGAGUGGAGAUCUGCAGGGAAAGUACUACCCACUGAAUAACAUGACCGACGCAGAGCAAGACAAACUGAUUGAUGACCACUUCCUCUUUGACAAGCCCGUAUCUCCACUGCUCACCUGUGCAGGAAUGGCGCGUGACUGGCCAGAUGCCCGUGGAAUCUGGCACAACAAUUCCAAGAACUUCCUUGUAUGGGUGAACGAGGAGGACCACACCCGCGUUAUAUCCAUGGAGAAAGGCGGCAACAUGAGGGCAGUCUUUGAGCGGUUCAGCCGAGGACUGCAGGAGGUAGAGAGAUUGAUCAAAUCUAAGGGCUACGAAUUUAUGUGGAAUGAGCACCUUGGCUACAUCCUGACCUGCCCCAGUAACCUGGGUACAGGUCUGCGUGCAGGUGUUCAUGUCAAACUACCUAGACUCAGCCAGGAUCAACGCUUCAAUAGUAUCCUGGAGAAGCUAAGGUUGCAAAAGCGUGGCACAGGUGGUGUUGACACUGCUGCCACUGGUGGCAUUUUCGACAUCAGCAAUUCUGACAGACUUGGCAAGAGUGAGGUGCAGCUAGUACAGGCAGUCAUCGAUGGUGUAGAUACGCUCGUGAAGAUGGAGAAAGCACUGGAGCAGGGCAAGCGCAUCGACAGCAUGAUACCAAAGUAAUUUAUGCAAAUAGCUACAAGCCAGCUAGCUACGUCGUCGCCUGUUGGAAAGAAAAUCGCAGUAGCAUGUUUUGCCCUUCGACAUUUACGUUUUUUCCCCCGACUUAUUUUCCCUUAUCAUUUACUAUUUUUUGUUUAGUCUGAUUGAAAUUUAACAACAUCGGUUAUCACUAAUACUUGUAUCAACAAGUAUGUUAUGUAUGUGUUUUUCUCUGGAAGAAGAGCAGAUAACGCCGCGCAAGCUGAAACCUGGCCCACAUCCGUGCUUUUUAUAAAAUUUCCUCCUUGGCAUAGUCUUGCUUUCUAGCUUUCUACAUGCUUUUUAUGCCUUUUGCGAUCGCAUCUUCUCUUCUUCCAGGGGUAACUCAGGGAUCUCAUUUUCACAAUUAGGAAAAGAAUUAAAUUUGGUAACAACAGCUCUCUCUUAAUUCAGGUUAGUGAGAUAUAAUUUAGUAAGUUAGGAAAAAAUAAUUUUACUCUGGGAUGCCUUCCGUUUUAUUUUUAUAACGUGAUUACCAACGAAAUGAUGCAACAUAUUAUGCAUAUUUUUGCAUGUAUUUGAGGUUUCAUUUAGUUUGUGAUAUUUUCAUUUUAUCAUUCCACAUUCUUUAAUUUUGAAGCAGUAUCAGUUAAACCAUAACGUAGUAUUAUAUUGUUUUUAUACGUUUACAUUAUAUUUUGAAAAAAAAAUUAAAGGGUAAAAGAUACAACUCUUUAGUAAUUUGAUAAUGAAUAUAUACACUACCAGACUUUUCCUCUUCUCUCGCUCAACGUUUGUAUCUAGUGUGUAGGUGGAACGUCGAGGUCUCAUUUCGCCAGCAGCAAACAUCAGAGAACUGUUCACCAUGAUCGUAUAAGGAGGACCAAGUCCGUUCCAUUUAUUUACAAAAGUUCAUAGUUUAUUUACAAACCUAUGCGCUAUAUUAUAUCACAGUAAACAGAUCCAAGGCAGAGCUUGGUCUGCAAAAACAGGAUGAAAAAACACACAGAGUAUCCCAUUUCGUCGUUGAACACUAUAAAAAGAGACAAUUUAAUUUUACACGGACUAGAAAAACAGACACAUUACUGAUAUUAUAUUAUCUAUACAUUAAAAGACAUGAAGAAUGGGUGAAAAUUAUGCACCACACAAUAAUUUGUAGGACUAUUUAAACUGUCGGUCCAUGGCUAAAGCGAAAAGAAACACAAUAAACAAUUAUUUACAUUGAAUAUCUCACAUUGUGUGCUGGGUUAAAAUUGUGAGAGAAAUUAAUAAUAUUAAUUAUGACAGAUAACCCAUCGAUGGGAAUUUAGACAUAGUAGUUGUCCGUAUCAAAAUUUGGGGCACACGGUUAAUCCUGGGCCUUGCCGCUUGCUAUGGCAACACCACCCCAUAUGCCAGCCGCCUUGCACGUGCGAAAACAUCGUCCUUUAUUAAUUUCAGCAUAUUUUCGCAGCAGUGAAAGCUAACACACACACAGUGCAGUUUCAAAUGUCAAUAGCUGUAGAGAAAUAUUGUGCGUGUGCCGCCAACCUAAAAUAAUUUAUAACUUUUUCCAUGCCUUUGAAAACAUCUAAGCCUGCUCCUCACACAACAUAUACAUUUAAGCCAGACAAACUAUUAGAUCGCGGUUAUAAUAUAUAUAUCACACGAUAUACGAGUGCUCCGAUAAAAAACGUAUACAACGAUUUGUGCCAGCCUGAAAAAAUGAUAGAUAUCGGGGGGGGGGAGUGUUGUGAUUGUUCAGAAUGAAAUCGACAUGGGCUCAUAUUGCACCUAAUGACCUUGCAGUUUAUCAAGUCACAAAGUGCUGACAGCACACACCAUAACAUACAUAUUAAAAGCUGUUCUAAGCUCAAGAGCGCACAUUUUAUAUUGUGAUUACCGUGUAAUUGGAGAGUAGAAGAAGAAGUAGAACUACAAGUUCACUUGCAAGAUUUGCUCCUAAAUUAUGCAAUAUUUGUACGCGUAAACUGUGUGUUACUGCUCACAAACUCGGUGAAAUACGUGCGCCAUUCAUUUAUUCGCAACUGAAAGCUAUACCGAUGGACUGUAUAUAUACACGGUUCAAACUAUGCCAGCACCGUCACAUACCUUGACGUGAGCUUUGGAUAUACUCAUCCUAUGCGGUAUAUAUUGUUAUAAGCUUCUCCAUGCCGGCCAACUAUCACUCACAUUUGUUAACAACAUCUCCUUUGUAUGUUGUAGAUUAUUAGGCUUCUCUCACCACUCAGGAAUUAAACCAAUACUUCUGUAUUCCAGACUAGUUUGCGUUUCGCGUUUCCGUUUCCGUUUCCGUUCGCGUUUCCGUAGCUCGCGUCAGCAAAUUUCAUACGGGACAGCGUUGGAGUAAUACUAGACGACAUUAGCUGUGCGAUUCAGAUUCUAAGCAAGCUAGAUUGCCUACCCCGCCUUCGAAAUAACUAGUUUGUCGCGACGUUGGUUCAAACAACUGAAAAAAUUAAUUAAAAUUGACAAACACAAGGUUCUGGAUUUGUACGUGCUUUUAUAAACCUCGCCUAGCGCAGCGCAUCGAAAUCAUGCAAAUUGAGAACUGCGCGCGCUUUUUUCCCCACAAGUCGCCUAUCUUGCAGGCUUCAUGAACUCGCGAAUACUACUGCCGUGUUUAUUUGCCUGCACCGGAAUUUUUAGCAUCGGCGCAUACACGGGAGCUCGCGCUCUCUCUCAUAGUAGUCAGUUUUUGUGUGGUAGACGCGGAGAUACGAAAUCUGUUCGCAAUCACUGCACCACUGUACGUCUGUCUGUUCAGUAGACAGAUAGAGAGGAGGCUGAGACCACGCACACCCGCGUCCGCAGCUCACGGCGUCUUCCCGCUGGCAGUGUCAGAGCUGUACCGCCAGCGUUUAACACAGCGGUUUUACGGUUCCUAUCGCUCUCCCGCUCCGCCCUGAGUCAACUCUGUCUGUCAAUCGGCAGUCGGGCUGAGAGAGAGAGAGAGAGAGAGAGAGCAUGAUGGAUGAGGCGAGGAGCAGCAACCUUGCCGCAUAUGUGGGACACACAUCACCAGCAGCUGGAGCGGCGGCGGCAUGCGAUCGGAGCUCACUGUCGGGCUGCGUCGUAAUACGGUCCAUAUAAAUGUCCCAGUAAUCCGCAGGAUGCCACUAUACCCCCACCCCUUCUCGCCUCUCGC